AUGUUUCAUAUUGUUUUUCCUGCUCUGCCAUACACGACCACGGAGGAGGAACUGGAAGAGCAUUUCAGUCAGUUUGGCGGUGUCUCACAGGUUCAUUUAGUUGUUGAUAAGGAAACGAAACGAUCCAAGGGAAUAGCUUAUAUUCAUUUCACAGUUCCAGAUUUUGCAGCCAGGGCGUUGCAAGAGUCAGACAAUUCAAUCUUCCAGGGAAGAUUAUUACAUGUUAUGCCAGCUAUACCAAGACGUUCAAACAAUGAAGAGAACAAUGUUUCCAAGGAUCAAGGAACAAAAACUCUCAAACAACGAAGAGAAGAAGAGAGGAAAGCAGCUGAAGCUAGUGGAGAUACCAGAGCAUGGAAUAGUCUGUUCAUGCGCCCUGAUACAGUAUGUUUCUUUAUUGAUAGCAGGUUGCUUUUUCUCUUAUUUAUAGAUGUAUGCAUAUUUUAA